UAAAUGAUGGUCUACAAACUAUACAUGUAGGAACAUCUUAUUCCCUAAAGAGUGUUCCGGCAAACAACAAUAACACCAUUCAGGUUAAAGCGUGUAAUAAUGCUCAAGUUGAAGGUCCACCUAUAGCGACGACAUCCGUAACACCAGAAGGCAGGCCUUCGGAUCCAAAGGAGGUUAAGGUGUCCAGCAUAGAAUCGACGAAUGUCAGUGUGGUUUGGAAGCCACCCACUCAACACCCUUCGUUUAGCACCAUUUCUAAAUAUGAAGCAGUUUUGACACAUACUCAAAACCGCUCUAAAGAAUGUAAUGUGACAUCGCCAACGAUAACUUUCACAAACCUGGA